AAAUAAGUACGGCACAGAUUUUUCAAUCUUUUAUAUUGGACUAAUCAUACAUUUCUCUCCACAGAAAAACAACACUUUUCGUUUAACUGAGCCACAAUGAUAACUGACAGAACGCAAAAUAUUUUGUCGGUGGUCUUUUCUAUCUUAAUGAGCUUCAAUUUGAUUCCAAACCUACUGGUACUGCUUGUUUUAAUUCGCUCAAAGUCCAAGAAGAAUACAAUCAACUACCUUUUCCUCAACUUAGCACUGGCUGACAUUCUGGUGGCAACAUCUCUGAUCCCUCAAUAUGUGCUUCGUCCCGUAUAUACCCACCCUGAUGGAUGGGCUGGAACAUUCAUUUGUAAGUUGUUUACAGGCGGGUUCACCUUGUGGGUUGGAGGGUGCGCUGCUACUACCAUGCAUGUUAUGAUCGCCAUCGAACGUUUCUAUGCCACUCGAACCAGAACUAUUGCACGACAAUUACCGAGGAAAAAACUAAUGUCGGUUAUUCUCUGUGGUUGGAUUUUUUCCAUUCUUUCAGAGAUUCCUCCAAUGACCGUAAUGAUUUAUGACAAAAAUCAUUCAUCAUGCUUUGAAAACUGGUCUCAACUUGUACAUGGCAAGAUUUACACCGUCUUUACUUUCGUCGUGGACUUCUCAGUUCCUCUCGUGCUGAUGGUUGUUCUAUACGCCAAGACUGUGAAAACCCUUUGGGGCCCAUCAAUAACUUCGGGCACUUCAUUGGCGGUAGUCAAAUCACGCAAGCGAAUCACGAAAAUUGCCAUAAUAGUGACGGUGCUUCACGCAUUGUGUUGGCUUCCAGACGUGACAUCAUAUUUGGUAGCCUAUCACGUUCCUGGAUUAGUAGAAUAUGGGUCCCUAAUUUACCACGCAUGCGUCAUACCUGUUGGUUUAAGCUCGUGUUUGAAUCCGAUCGUUUACACCCUUCAAAGUCAAAGAUUCAGGCAGGAGCUGCGAAUGUAUAUUUGCCACUGGUUACCGGCGAAUAAAGUAUCAACUGCUGAUUAUACAGUUGAGAUAGGAAUUUCAAAACCCUGGAAAACGCGAUAGGGCGAGUGUUUUUUUCCGGCUUCUUGUUCAUUAACGAGUUCGCUUUUUUAUGUCCGGAGUUAGACAGACUUAAAGUGGUCUACAGGUGUAUUUUGCUUUCACUGCUCUUUUUUUUUUUGAAAUCCGAUUUCCUACAAGAGAGCUUCCUGUCCUAAAAAAUCCAGUUUUUCGUACCGACUGGCUAAACGACGAUAAGACCAUAGUAAUCGGAACGAGACACUGAACAACUCGCCAAAUUCAACAUAGACUCCAUGCCGGCAGGUGAAACUGAGUAGCAUCGCUCCAACCUGCAGAGUCAAGAACCUAGGCUGCUGGUUCGAUGGACAACUUGAGAUGGACACUCAAGCAUCUGUAAAACCGCACUUUUUCACUUAUACAACAUCAAAGGAUAAGAAAAUUUCCUAACUUUGAAUGUACAAAGAUUCUAGUAAAUGCUUUUGUAACUAGUCGUUUGGACGUUUGUAAUAGCCUGCUAUAUGGGUUGCCUAACAGCCAACUACAUAAACUACAGAGAGUGCAAAAUGCGGCCGCUCGCCUAAUCUGCAAUGUAGGUCGUUUCGAACGCAUCACCCCUUCACUGAACAGGCUCCAUUGGCUACCCAUUA